GUAUUUUCUCCCCACAAAAAUCGGGGAGAGGACGUAUCAACGGGGCGACAUGGAUGAUCCAUCCAGAUGAUCAGCUCGUCUCCACACCCCAAACAAGGCCCAUUGCAUCGAUCUGUUAACCUAUCAAUUUGAGGCGGAAAAACAAUCAUCGAUUGCUUGAAUUGGAAUCCCCCAAGAAUCUGUCGAAUUCAGCGCUGUCCUCUUUCUGAAUUGGAAGGAGGGAAUUGGGAAUUGGGAAAGAUGAUGUCGAUAGAGGGGAUGAUGGACGCCGCGGCGUUGGAUGACAUAAUUAAGCGCCUUGUGGAAGGGAGAGGAAAGAAACAGGUGCAGCUCUCGGAGACGGAGAUCCGGCAGCUCUGCGUCAACGCCAGACAAAUCUUCCUGUCGCAGCCUAUGCUUCUCCAGCUCCAUGCCCCGAUCAGGAUCUGCGGUGAUAUACACGGACAGUACCAAGACCUUUUGAGACUCUUGGAAUACGGCGGAUACCCGCCUACAGAAAAUUACCUAUUUCUCGGAGACUACGUCGACAGGGGCAAGCACAGUUUAGAAACGAUAUGCUUACUAUUGGCUUACAAAAUAAGGUAUCCCGACAGAGUCUCCCUCUUGCGCGGCAACCACGAGGAUGCCAAAAUCAACCGCAUUUAUGGAUUCUACGACGAGUGCAAGAGGCGAUUCAACGUCAGGCUAUGGAAGAUAUUCACCGAAUGCUUUAAUUGCUUGCCCGUGGCCGCACUCAUCGAUGAAAAAAUAUUGUGCAUGCACGGCGGACUCUCUCCAGAGAUGAAAGAUUUGGAUGCAAUCAAAGAGAUUGCGAGGCCAACUGAGAUUCCUGACGGCGGUCUCCUCUGUGAUUUGCUUUGGUCCGAUCCUGACCCCCGGGUGUCGGGCUGGGGUGAUAGCGACAGGGGCGUCUCGUGUACUUUUGGCCCCGAUGCCGUUGCCGAGUUUAUGGAAAAAAAUGAUUUGGACCUCAUUUGUAGGGGUCAUCAGGUUGUGGAGGAUGGAUAUGAAUUUUUCGCUCAAAGGCGACUUGUGACGGUAUUUUCAGCUCCAAACUAUGGCGGAGAAUUCGACAAUGUCGGCGCUCUUUUGACGGUGGACGAAUCGCUGGUCUGCUCCUUCGACAUACUAAAACCUGCAACAGAAAGCACUUCGAAAACACCUCUUAAGAAGCCUCCGAAACUCGGCGACCUCUAAUCUGAUCUGGGGAUGCAUGGAUGGAUGGAAUUUCUUGGAGCAUCGAGAAUGAAUCAGAUUGUAGCUGUGAAUUGUGAUGAUGGAUGGAUGGAUCGAUGAAGAUCCUGGUACAGGUACACAAAUUGUUUGUUGGUGGUGUGUGGUUUUGUAUAUUGGUUUUCCAUUAAUGUAUAGAUAUAUAUAUAUAGUUGUUUUGUAUGUAUAUGUAUGUAUGUAUGUGUUCAUCCUCCAUUCACAGGAGUUCACUAAUCAUCCCAAAGGUAGAAUGAAUAAAUCAAUGUACUGAUACUAAUAAACUCUUUUUCUUGUAGGAUGGAUA